AGUAAGCCCGUUUCAACAGUGUUUGCCAGAGUAUGUUUAUUCCUGUUGUCGGGUGUCGGGGGGUUUAUCAUAUGACAUUCUUCCGAUGUUAUUUUUCCUUUUCUCCAUGCCAAGCUGCCUAUCUCUUUGACUUGAUGUGCUAAGAGAUGUCAAUACAAGAAGAGUUUCGCAUCCGCAAUGUACUUCCAUCCCACCCAGACCUGCAUACAUUCACUUCAUCCAAGUGGAUGCCCACUGGGGCGUACCUGGCAUAUCGCUGGCUCCUUGCACUUUACAUUUCUGUUGAUGUCAUUGUGGAUCGCUUGUUCUUCAAACGCUGGUACAGCUUCGCAUUCACUUUCUGGGGCCUGAUUACACUCACACUUUACCUCAACCUCGCGGCAAUCCUCACCACAAUAAAAUAUGUGAAAACAAGGCUUAACCUGUCAGAUCACGCUGGCAUUGUGUCACAAAGUGGCGAGGAAGGAAUAUCCACCCCUGGUGCAGCUGAAGAUGAAACCUUUACUCCAGAUGGAUAUAUGCCAAAAUUAUAUAAGUUGAUGUGGCUGUUGUUUAAUGUCUGUGCUGUAAAUUCAGUUAUUGUAUCAGUGGGAUAUUGGGGGCUCCUUCAUCAGAAGUUUGGCCGCCAGGCCACUAUUGGUCUAAUUGGCUACCUCAAUAUCAACUCACAUCUCAUCAAUGCUGUCAUCAUGAUCCUAGAUUCCAUGAUCCAUAAUGUUCCAGUCCGAAUUUUCCACGUAGUUUACUCAACAAUUUAUGGGCUUAUUUAUUUUUUUACAACAAUCAUUGUUUGGCUAGCUAGUGGCAGAGUGGCUUACUUUUUCCUGGAUUACUCCAAGCGUCCAGGGAUUGCCGCCAUAGUGAUUGUUGGGGGUUGCUUUGUUGUACAGCCUUUGAUACAGCUAAUGCAUUAUGGGUUGUAUCGUGGCCGUAUCUGGCUGCAAGGGGUAUUGCUUGAUGGUACUAGUGUGGGGGGAGGUGGGGAGGUAACUGCUCUGCAUAUGCAAAGUGUUGCUUAGGAUAUGAAUGCAACUUAAAACAGGGGAAGAGGGGAGGGUGGGGCACAAGCCCCCCAGUUAUGACAUUAUCUUAGUACACCACUACACUCAAUCCUGGACCCUUUUCUUGGGCUAGGGAGCUCUGCCCCACUUCUCAAGUUGCCUGUAUAGUAAUAAGCCAAAGAUUAAAUAUCCACUUGGCAAUAGGAUAGAUUUUAUACUGAAUAUAUAUAAAUGAAAAAAUAUAGUUAAAUAUAUAUUUCUUAUUCGUAAUCAUACGCAUUAGUACUAGAAGCACCCGCCCACAUGCCACACACCAAGAAAAAUUUGACAAUAUUUGAUUGUUUUAAAAUUGCUAUAUUUCUUAAUGUAAAUACAUUGUAUAUUUUAUCCAAAGAUGUUCUAAUAAAGCUUAUAUUAACGAUUUCGAUCUCAAAUGAAAAGAAUACUA